AUGGAGGGCCCGAAAAAAGACGAGUUCAGCGGUGCAAUCGCGGAAAAGCAACCAUCAAGCCUCCAAUUCAAAAGCGGAGAAUUCGUAAAGUUUUCGGAACUACCAGUCGAAAUCCAGCAUAUAAUCUGGAGCGCCUUCAUCGCAAAGAUUCCCUACCUUGAUUCGUGGAAGCAAAGACCCGGCCAUCCACACAUAAUAGAGAAUUUCCACCGUACCAUUCUGCGUGCCUCCAAAAAGACACACCCAGCCUUACGAACGUGCCGAUCAUCCAGAUAGGUCUCUACGCACGAGAAGUGGGAGAAGCACACGUACAUCGUAACAAGACAUGGGGCACGCCAGAAGAGAUACGUGUGGUUUGACCCAGAGACUACUCUACUCUUCGACGAUAUCGGACAACUCCAGACGGGUGAUAAUUUCUGGGAAUGGUAUCCUGGGAUGAAGCCAGAUCAGGGCUUUCGAGCAUCUGAGAUCCGAUCUCUUGCUUUCAGAGGCCUGAUGAGCUGGUCGGCUACCGUCGACUUCACGGCAGCGACUCAAUUUCUGAAAACUAGUGCUUCAAGCGUGCUUGUUAAUUUCUUCAACUUGCGACGCUUGGUGUUCUGCAAGCCUUAUUGGAUGAUAAAGAAGAGAUUUUCAGAGGAUUUUCAAGACUAUUUUCGAUGGUUGCAAGAAGAGGCGAAGAGAAUUCUGAAAGCCGAGAUUGCUGAGAAAAUCAGACGUAUCAAGCAGGAUUUUGGUGAAUCACCCAAUAUUGCCGCAUGGUGGGACGACCCCGUUAUCGACUUCGUGCAUAGAAGGGACUUUCGUGCAGAGUUUGGACCAGGUUACAGCCCUCUCGUAUCCUUUCCAAGUGUAAACAAAGCAUAUUUCAUCACUCCGAUCGCCAAACGCCUUCGAAUCCGGGUAUUUUGUCAGUUCGACAAGCUUCUCAUGGACCUACAAAGAAUGGUAUGGGAAGCAUGUAUCGGGACCUACCUAACAGUACGUAUAUCUACUCGCAAAUACGACGAAAGGCUCUUUGAUUACGAAGAAGAGUACGCGAGAAAAAAGGAAUUUCGCCAGCUGUUAUUUCUCAAACCACACCCUGCUUUGCAUAUAUGCAAGCUGUCCAAGAAAGUGGCAAUGGACAAAGAGUGGGAGAAAACCCGUUAUAUCAAGUAUGACACAAUAACCUCUCCACUGUACGAAAACCCACUCAUUAGAAACUUCUGGUGGAACAAAUCCAUCACUCUACGCUUCGAUUCGCCAGACCAAUUGUCCAAAUUCGACUUCGCAUUCGCCGACAGCUACUCUAGCGUGAACAAAGCCGAACGUUUGUUCAAGGCAACCAAAGUCACUUCUAUAGCCAUCAAAUGCGACGGUCUCGAGAAGGUUCUCAAAAGGAGCCCCGGGAACUUUAAUCCUCGACCAUUCAGUCUCUCCGCAAUGAUACAGUCAAUCGGCAAAUACUUCUCGCUUAAUCGCCUGAUCAUCAUCGCAGACUGCCAGAGUAAAGAUUGUGUCAUUUUCGAAAACGAGUUCGAGAAACGACUAAAGACUGAUCCCAAAGACGCGCAAAUAAAACUCUUAGCGUUUUACCAACUUACUGGAUGGCUGCCAGAAAUUGACCAGUGGUGGCAAAAUCCAGUCGUCGAAAUUAUGA